CUGAGAGAAGCUCGAGCGAAAUCGAGCGACGUUCUCUCCGCUCCCUUCUUCGCCUCCUAAUCCUCCACUUCGAUUCGAAACAGUUAAAACCCGAAGAAAAAUGGUGAUCUCCGAUCGAAAAAGAAACCCUGAUCGCCAGAUCGGGCUCUCCCUCCUCCUCCUCGUCGCCGCCUCCCUCUUCUUCGCCGUCGCCGUCCUCUUCCUCCUUCCCACCACCACCUUCUCCUCCACCGCCGCCGCGACGGAUGGAGCCACGGAGAUAUCCUCAGAUCCGUACUUCUCCGGUAUCCCGUCAAUCCGGCGAUCGGUGCUCGCCGUCCGAUCUGACCCCCUCCGGGAGCGCGCGAACCUGAUACGCAAGCAGGCCAGCGAUCACGCCGCCGUCGCAGCGGCGUACGCCUCGUACGCUCGCAAGCUCAAGCUGGAGAACUCGAAGCAGGUGCGUCUCUUCGCGGAGCUUAGCCGGAACUUCUCCGCCCUCCUCGUGGCCCACCGGCCUCUCCUCGACACCGCCGCCCCGCUCGACGAGGCCGGCCUCUUCCGCUUCGAGCGCGAGCUCAAGGAUCGCAUCCGCGCCGCCCGGCAGCUCAUCGCCGAUGCCAAGGACGCCUUCGACAACCAGCUGAAGAUCCAAAAGCUCAAAGACACCAUCUUUGCCGUCAACGAGCAGCUUUCCAAGGCCAAGAAGCAGGGCGCCUUCUCCAGCCUCAUCGCCGCCAAGUCCAUCCCCAAGAGCCUCCACUGCCUCGCCAUGCGCCUCAUGGAGGAGCGCAUCGCCCGCCCCGACCUCUACACCGACCCCUCUUCUCCUCCCCCCGAGCUCGACGACCCCCGCCUCUACCACUACGCCAUUUUCUCCGACAACGUCCUUGCCGCCUCCGUCGUCGUCAACUCCGCCGUCCGCAACGCCAGGGAGCCCUGGAGGCACGUCUUCCAUGUCGUCACGGACCGCAUGAACAUUGGCGCCAUGCAGGUGAUGUUCCGCCACAAGGACUACAAUGGCGCCCACAUUGAGGUCAAGGCCUUCGAGGACUACAAGUUCCUCAACUCCUCCUAUGUGCCUGUCCUCCGGCAGCUCGAAUCUGCCAACCUUCAAAGGUUCUACUUUGAGAACAAGCUCGAGAAUGCCACCAAGGACACCACCAACAUGAAGUUCCGGAAUCCCAAGUACUUGUCCAUGCUCAACCAUCUCAGGUUCUACUUGCCGGAGAUGUACCCGAAGCUGCACAGGAUUCUGUUCUUGGACGAUGAUGUGGUCGUGCAGCGGGACCUCACGGGCCUAUGGAAGAUUGAUAUGGAAGGGAAGGUGAAUGGGGCGGUGGAGACGUGCUUCGGGUCGUUCCACCGGUAUGCCCAGUACAUGAACUUCUCACACCCAUUGAUCAAGGAGAGGUUCAGUCCAAAGGCUUGCGGUUGGGCGUAUGGAAUGAACUUCUUCGAUCUUGAUGCAUGGAGGAGGGAGAAGUGUACCGAGCAGUACCAUUACUGGCAGAAUCUGAAUGAGAACCGAACAUUGUGGAAAUUGGGAACCCUGCCACCAGGCUUGAUCACAUUUUACUCGACAACAAAACCCUUGGACAAAUCUUGGCAUGUGCUUGGGCUUGGAUAUAAUCCAAGCAUAAGCAUGGAAGAAAUAAAGAAUGCUGCUGUUGUACAUUUCAAUGGGAAUAUGAAACCCUGGCUAGAUAUUGCCAUGAACCAGUUCCGACACCUCUGGACAAAGUAUGUGGACUAUGAUAUGGAGUUUAUCCACCAAUGCAAUUUUGCAUCAUAAAGGAGAGUGCGCAUAGCCAGAGCCUCUAUGGAAAACCAAGAAGUAUGGUAACAGUUAAUAUGGUUCGGCAACCUGUAUUUGUUUUUUCGGCUUUGUUGCAGUCCCUUCAAAUGAUUAGAUGCUCUUAUGGAUCAAGCUUAGACAUGUUAAAAGUUUCUCCUAACUUGUAAUAUUUUAGUUCUCUAUUCAAAAACCUUUUGGCUUUAUCCACAUGCAUCUAGUGUUAUAUCUUUGAUACAUUGGACUUAUCUAAUAACAUUUUCAAAGGUCUCCUACCCCUUUU